AGCUUUGAGAGUUAAAUCCAUGGCUACCUCGGUUCUUGUUUAUGCUCCUGUGUGCAGAUAGGGAGAUACACACAUAGGGCUUGAGGCUUGAGUGGCACCGUCUGCAUUUCCAACCCUCAUGGCCUGUCUGGGGUUCAGGUGUCAUAGAAGGGCACAGAUGCCCCUAAGAGGAAGGCAGGUGGACAGCCCCUUGGGACUGUGUUGUCAACACUGGCAGAAAGGGACCCCAGGCCACAGGCCAUGCAGGCCAUGCAGGCCAGGGGCCCCAAAGUGCCACUCACGAUCUAUCUCACUCCUCUGGGACAGUCUGGGAGUGCCUGUCCAUUUCCCCCAUGAUUUCACUGAUGCUUUUAGGCACUAGGAUGCACUGGGGGAGCGGCUGUCCGUAAAUCCCUUCUUUGCCUUAUCUGUAGCAUAACACAGGCCUUCCCCAAGGGGUGGAAGCCUCUCCUCUGGCCUCUGUCUUCCUCCCACAUUGAGAUACUCAUCUUCCUUUGGGGGAGUGGGAGAGAGGGAGAGAGGGAGAGAGGACAUUGCUGGCCAUGCACAGAAAGCAUUCGUUUACUGUGUUAGUAUCGUUGGAAAAGAGGGCUGUUUUUCUCCUGGAUUGUUGUUUGCCUGGGUUCCACACCCUCCCACCCUGGGAAGGGAAGGAGGGAGAGGUUCCUCCGGCUUCUCUGCAGAAAGGGAGUCCUGGCGGGAGAGGGUGUGAACUGGUGUAGGAACAGGGGGCUACUCCUGUCCUGGUCCUCUGGAGUUUUUGCAUCAAUUAAAGCAAAUAAUGCUCCCUGUUUUCCACCAGGCCCGGACAAGCGAUUGGCCAAGGCCAGUCCCGUGACCACGAAUUCCCUGCAAUUUCGCUAGAGUCCUGGGUUUAAUAGAGAGAGUCCCCAUACGCUUGUAUUUAUCAGCAAUAUAUAAUAAUAAAGGCCCAAAAUUUAAAAAAAAAAAAAAAAAAAGAGAGAGAGAGCGCUAGAGAGCGAAAUCUCCCUCGCCCAAAAUCGCUCCAUUGCAGAAACCUUGGGGGGGGCAGGAGGGGGGGUCCCUCCCGAUCCUCCCUCCUGACGCCCCCCCCAGCAGCCCCCUCCCCCACCAUUGAAAGCCAUGAAUUUUGAAUUUGAGAGGGAGAUUGGUUUUAUAAACAGCCAGCCAUCGCUUGCCGAGUGUCUGACUUCCUUCCCCGCUGUCUUGGAGACAUUUCAAACUUCAUCAAUCAAGGAGUCGACAUUAAUUCCUCCUCCUCCUCCUUGCGAGCAAACCUUCCCCAGCCUCCAGCCCGGCGCCUCCACCCUUCAGAGACCCGGGAGCCGAAAGCGAGCCGAAGAUGGGCCUGCUCCACCGCCACCACCGCCGCCCCCGCCGCCUGUCCCCGCCGCCCCCCUGGCCCCCGAGUUUCCCUGGAUGAAAGAGAAGAAAUCCGCCAAGAAACCCAGCCAGUCCUCCUCGUCUCCGGCCCCGGCCGCAGCCUCCUUCCCGGCCUCCGCGGUCGGCUCGCCCGCAGCAGAUGGGCCGGGACUGCCGGAGGGCGGCGGUGGCGGCGGCGGUGGCGGCGGCGGGGCGCGCAGGUUGCGCACCGCGUACACCAACACGCAGCUGCUGGAGCUGGAGAAGGAAUUCCACUUUAACAAGUAUCUGUGCCGGCCUCGCCGCGUCGAGAUCGCGGCCCUGCUGGACCUCACCGAAAGGCAGGUCAAAGUCUGGUUCCAGAACCGGCGCAUGAAGCACAAGCGGCAGACGCAGCACCGAGAGCCGCCCGAAGGGGAGCCCGCCUGCCUGGGCGCGCUGGAGGACGCCGGCGACCCCGCCGAGGAUCCUGCGUCCAGCCCAGGCGGCCCCUCCGCCUCCCGGGUGGCACGGGACGCUUGCAUGGGCUCGGCCCAGAUGGCGCCCGGACUCCCGGGGGUGCCGGGCCCCGGGCCCCCGGCCGCUCCCGCGGAGGUCGCGGGUGCGCCGAGCCCUGAGCGCGCGCUGCGCAGAGCCGGCGCGCUGGAGACCCAGCCCUCGCCCGAAGACGGCUUCCCGGAGCGCCAGGACUCGCCUUUCCUGCCCGACCUCAGCUUCUUCGCCGCAGACUCCUGCCUGCAGCUGUCCGGAGGAGGCCUUUCUCCCACUCUGCAGGGCUCGCUCCACAGCCCGGUCCCCUUCUCCGAGGAGGAGCUAGACUUCUUUACUAGCUCGCUGUGCGCCAUCGACGUGCAGUUCCCCUGACCCGCGUCCUCCCACCUUCCCAUCCCGCACUCCGCGCCGGCUGCUGGGCGAAUCAGCCUCCUCCACCCCCAGUCGCAUUUACUUAUGUUUUUACUAAAAAUCCAGGUAUUACUGAGUUAGCGUUUCACCCACUCCCUUUCUUCUUUAUUUUUAAAUCACGCAGAAAAAUUCCGUUUGGUAGACUCCUUCCAACGAAAUCUCAGGAAUAAUUAAACUCGGGGGGGGAUUUCUGAGAAAGAACUAGAGGGACUUAUUUUCCUCCUUUUUUAAGUUUUAGACCGUAGAUUAUUUAUUAAAAUUAUUUAAUAAUAGGAAAAGGGGAAAGUAUUUAUUGUACAUUAUUUUCAUAGGUUAAAUAAAUGUCUUUAUAAUACAAAAAUGAGUGUUGGUAUGGAACCCGGCCCCUUCCCUGUCUCCCAGGUCUGGCCGCCCGGGCCCAGGACCCUGGUGAGGUUGGUCUGGUGCGGCGGCCCAGGCGCUGCGGCAAAGCCCCGGGGAUGGGCAGAGUCCGGGUGGUACAAAAGUGGCCCCGCGUGGCGGCCGCUUCUCAGGUCGGGGCUGCAGGAAGAGUGUGCGGGAGGUUGCUGGAUGCUUGCUCUGGUCCCUGUCCCCAAACAGAUGACUUUUGACUCUGUGCUGAUGUCCCCAGCCCUCUGCUUAGAAAUAAAGGCGGCCGGGUGGAAAGAGAGGGUGUGUUGGGGACAGAACAGAGGCUGGUGCAAGAACAGGAGGCCGAGUCGUGGCUGAAUUCAGAGGGGUCCUAGGCUCCCCAGAUUUCUGGCCUUUGUGCCCAAAGCCUGGAGAGGGCCCCGAGAUGCAGGCCUGGGCCUGGACCCGUGCAGGUGGCUCAGGACCGGGGCAGGGAUCGGGGUGUCCUCGGAUGCCCAAGCAUUGAAAGUGGCAUCCAAACGGACAACAGGACGAGAGGCCCGCUGAGGACCAGGGGCGGGCGGACCCCGCUGGUCUUCGGGGGUGGCCGGGGUCGGAGCGCACCCGUGCUAGCCAGCCUCGGGGACGCCGGGCCGCGGGGAAGCAGGAAGCGACCGGGAGCGCGGGAGGGAGGCGGGAAGGAGGAAGACGUCAAGAUGGCGCUGGGGCUGCCGGGGAGGACGCGGCGGCGGCGGCGGCCAU